UUUCUUAUUCUUCCUUUUUCUUCUUUAACAUCUCCUCCACCUCUUCCUCCUUUCUUCUUCUUCUCCUCUUUCAUCCGUUCACACCUGACUCAGUUCACCUGUUAGUUAAGUCCAGGGUUGCCAGAUUGGAGCAAUUUGCAACCGCCUAUAUGUGACAUCAGUGAGGAAAAGUUUCCGCUUAGUGCUUUAGUAAAACAGCGAUAAUUAGGCAACCCGUGGUAAAGUUUGGUGUAAAAUAAAGGCAGCGUGGGAGGAUGCAGUGGGAGGAUCAUGUCGACGUUUGAACACUUUCCAAACUCCUGCAUGCUCACGUGCGUGUCAGGCUCACCAGCGGGAGAGAGAGAGAGAGCGCGCGCGCGCACACGCCACUCACCCGCCACACGCAGCGCCGCACACGCACAGCGCGAUGGAGCGGGAGAGGAGCUGGAAGGCGGUGCAGAACGUGAUGAGAUCCCGGAGCUGCGCGCUGUUCCGCGGCCACUGGCAGCCCACGCUCACCUACUGGAGCGCGUUUUUCAGCUUCGGCCUGUGCCUGGCCCUGCUCGGCCCCACCGUGCUCGACCUCCGCUGCCAGACGCGCUCCACCCUGCAGCAGGUCACCCUCGCCUUCUUCGCGCAGCAGUUCUGCCUGUUCCUGGGAAGCUUCGUGGGCGGAUUCUUCAGCAAGUCACUUUGCUCCUCUUUGUCGUCCCUCACUGCAUCCACCUUCAUCAUCUCCAUCGUCUUUGCCUUCAUCCCACUAUGCAGCAAUCUGCUAAUGCUGGUGACUGCCAUGGCAGUUACAGGCCUGGCCAUGGGGAUCAUCGAUACCAUCUCGAACCUUCAGCUGGUGAAGCUCUACCAGAAGGACUCCACUGUCUUCCUCCAGGUGCUGCACUUCUUUAUUGGUCUGGGGGCGUUGUUGAGCCCCCUCAUCGCUGACCCAUUUCUGUCAGAAACCGACUGCAUUUUAGGAAACUCCACCAACUCCUCAUCAACCAUGAGACACCUGAGGAACACGCUAUCUGGCAGGCACCUGCACAACGUGUCCCAAAUUUCUCUCGAUACCGAAGGUGAAGUGGUCACCAACGUGUCCUACGCCUUCUGGAUCAUGGCGUUCGUCAACCUUCCUGUGCCUAUCGCCGCUCUGGUCCUGAUGUACCGGGAGCACCUGCUCCCGUGUUGCCCCGAGCCGGGUCCUCGUCUCUUGGACAGGGAGCUGCACUCGGGCGCAGUAAGGAUGCAGAGUAGCUCGGAGAAGACCGACUUGAGCACCACAGAGCUGCAUGAACCUACAGGCCACAUGGACAUGCUCAACUGCAACUGCCUCAGCAAGCUGAAAGGACGUCCGCCAUCUUUCUUUGGCCUCCAUGUCUUCGGAGGGAUGGUGCUUUUUUUCUCAGAUGGCAUAGUGGGGUCAUACACAGGUUUCGUUUACACCUAUGCUGUGGCUCCUCCCAUGAGUCUGACCCACAAGAUGGCCGGCUACCUGACCAGCGUAUUCUGGGCAGCCAUCACGGUGGGGCGUCUGGCCUCCAUCCCGCUGUCUUACAGAGUCAAACUCGUUCGCUUGCUCGCGUUUAACCAGGUUGGAGUGAUAGUGACUCAGUUGCUUCUGCUCAUCCUCUACACGAACAGCACCUUUCUAUUCAUCGGAACCUGCUUCCUGGGUCUGUUCAUCAGCAGCAUCUACCCAUGCAUGCUGGCUUACACGGAAGAUCUCCUCGACUACAAAGGUUGUGCUACCACAGUCCUUGUGACCAGCGCUGGAAUGGGAGAGAUGCUCCUGCAGCUGCUGGUGGGGUCGGUGAUCAACACGUACGGCAGUUACAGCUUCAUGUUGUGUGGGAUGAUCUUCGGCUGCAUGGGCUUCACGUUAUUCCUGGCACUGCUUUUAGUGCAGCACAGACACCAAAAGUACUUGGCAGCUGCUUCCUGUGUCAUCGCUGAAGCAGAAAGGGCCAAGACUAACGAAGCUGAACACUAACUGCCACGGGGCCCCGGCAGAGUCCAAUCGGACCAAGAUGGCCACCAUGUUGUAGGAAAAACAUGGACCAGACGGAACGAAAGUCGUGGGGGUGUGAGGAUCUUCACAGCCUGAAGUGAUGGAACUUUGUAUAAGACCAGUCGUUCUAGUCAUUGAUGCGUGCAGGUAGAUGUAGUCGUACGCCGGGAGAAUUCAGGCCUUUAGCUUCCAGAUUCUGUUCUCAUUGCCAAAGUUUGAUCCUGUUUGGACGCGUUUGGUAUGCGAGUUGGGCUGAGACUUGUUUAAAGCUUCUAUGGAACCCUCUAGAAAGAACGGUUUACACUGUUUGCUUGUUUAUAUUUUUUUUGCAACCGAGUUCCGAAACUGUAAAUAAUUCAACAGUGUAAACGAACAAAUGCACCAUUUUUCAAUCCAGUUUAGUUACAAAUCCAAUGAAAGACAUCUGAAGAUUAAACUCUGAAUAAACCUA